AUGUUUUCCAUUUGGGUCUUUUUCUUCGUCACCGCUGGGGUGACGUACCACACACCGCCGGUCCUCCUUCCGGCAAUCAUGCAGGAGUUUCACACGGAUCAAUUUCACGUCUCAUGGCUUCCCUCCAGCUUCUAUCUCGUGAAAGGCAUUUUUACUAUUCCCGGUGGCUAUGCCGUGGAUAGCUUGGGGUGCGCAACUUGCCUACGGACAGGUGCGAUCGCUCUUGUGGUGUCCUCGGCCCUGUAUUCUGUGGCUCCGAGCUUAUGGUGCUUGGCUUGUCUUCAUGGUGUCUAUGGCCUCUGCUACGACCUCAGCAGCAUUGCCACUGGCACCGUCUUCCUGACGUCAUGGUUCGAGCAGCAAAGAGCACUCGCGAUCUCCAUCAUGGCAACGGCCUUUAGUAUGGCUGGUGUGUGCUUCCCGCCAGCCAUAGCGACUCUCAUUCACCAUCAUGGUUGGCGAGUUGCCUGCUUGCUCGGCCCUUGCUUGACAGCCCUACUCGCAGUGCCUUUGGCUUGCUUGGUGCUCCGCGAUGGACCCCUCCUCAGAUCUCGGGAGCAGCUCCGCCAGCUGGAAAGUCUGCGAGGUGAUCCGCGGGCUCCCCAAAUUCGUAGGGGUACUUCCAGUUUUCUUUUCAGGUGCGACGACCACGAUCAUUUGCCAAUGAGCUUCCAGCAGUGCCUUCGACUUGGCGUUGUUUGGCACUUUGCUUCCAUGUCCUUCUGCGAGUUGUACAUUAUCAUGGCCUUGAUCAACAGCCUGGUGCUGUAUUUGCAGAAGGACGUGGGCAUGGGUGUGCAAGUCUGCGGCCUCUACACCUCGAUUGUGUUUCAAGCCUCAAGUGCUGGCAAGCUCAUCGCCGGUGCCGCUAUGGACUCAAGACAGAUCCUUACUGGUGCAGUGAGCUGCUUGCUGCUUGUGCUCGGCACGCUGCUGCCGUUGGAUUUCGCAUCCGGGGGCGUUGAGGUAACGUCCAACCACUCGCAACUCCUGGCAUUUACUAUCAUUUAUGGCCUGGGUUUCGGGGCCUCUUACUCGGUGCUCCUGGCAAAGCCGGCGAAAAUGUUUGGCAAGAUGGCAGAGUUCAGCAAACUCCAGGCCUUUCUGAUGCUCUUUCAAGUCCUGGGCGGCUUCUGCGGCACACUCAUCACAGGUAAGCUGCGAUCUGCAACUGGGAGCUACGCAGCUGCUUUCCAUGUGUUCAUCGCCAUGGCUUUAGUGACUUGUUUCAACUACGUGGCAGUGGAGAUGUCGAAGACUUCCAGGAGAUUGAGACAAGACGGACGGUCGUAG